GAUAAACAGAUCGAGGCCCCCAAUCCAGAACCUCAGAUCCAGCGCAACCCUCACGCCGACUUUGCUAUUGUUGAAAAAACGCGACCAAUCUUCAACAACGAUACAGGCGUGGAGUUCACCAAGACCCCAAAUCCAAGUUGGCGGGCGGGCGAUGGCGCAUCGGACGAGGACUGGAAGAGCCACAGGUCCAUCACAAUCGACCCCUACGAGGAAGGGCGUGGCCCAUGGCUGAACUAUAAGCUCUUGAUCUCAGCGACUGUGCCACGCCCGAUCGCGUUGGCGAGCACGGUGUCGGCGGAUGGAAAGACAGCGAAUCUGGCUCCGUUCUCGUUCUGGCAGUGUGCUUCUACUGAUCCACCCAUGUAUUCUCUCUCGUUUACAACUAGGUCGGUCAACGACACGCUCACGAACCUUCUGGCGACGAAGGAGAUUUGUAUCUCCACGACGCCCCAGUGGGUUGUGGAGGCUGCCAACUUUGCAUCAGUCAACUCACCCAGACAUGUCGCUGAGUGGCCUCUUUCAGGCCUUACCCCCAGGCCGAGUGAUCUCGUCAAGCCCGCCCAUGUAGCCGAAUCGCCGUAUUCGGUCGAGUGUAAG